ACGUUUACAAGUGAAGUUCUGCGGCUUGAAUGUUUUUUUUCCCCCUGUUACUUUUAACUGCUUUUUCCUUUAUUCUUUGCACAUUUAGUCAGUUUACAGCAGCACGUAAGUUUUGCUCCGACUUAAAACGCUGCAGUCUGUUAUUACGUCGGCGUCACAGCAGCUGUUUAGCUUUAGUUUUAGCGCGCGAGAGUUCUGUUAUUCGAGCUAGUUUAACGUCGACUGGCCCUAGUUUAUGGGAUCAUUAAGAAGAUGAGGAAGUCUAGAUCUGGUGGAAACGAGGAGACUCCCCGGCAGAAUGGGUCUUCUGGUCGGAGGAGAGCAGAAGUUGAUGGGGAGGACGCUGACUCCAGUCUGGCUGGGCUGCUGGACGAGGACGACGAAAACGACCAGGGCCUCAGGAGAGAGAUACGGAGCAAAUACAGAGACCUCAUCAGCUCUGUGCAACAGAACAGGGAAGAUCUGCUGAGUCCAUCAAACAACAAACUCACAGAAGUCCUAGAAGAGGCAAACAAGCUUUUUAAAGAUGUUCGGCAGGCGAGAGAAGCAGCGCUCGAUGCUCAGCUUCUYGUUGUGGCCACGGAUUUGGGAAAAGAGAAAGCCAGCCAGCUGUUUUCUGAUGGGAAUGCCUUUGAUCCUACUGCUUUUGCCGAGCAUCUGUUGUCCUUCAUGGGUCUGAACCGACUGGAGGACGAUCGGCAGAACGAAGCUACCAGUGAUGGCUACCUGCCUAAAGAUGCCUGGCACAGACUGGCCAAGAGUACAGAGUGUUGUUUCAGAACAGCCCCAACUUUCCACUACAUGAUGGGGUCCUUCCACGCAGAACCACCMCCUCCAAAGCAGCGAGUCGAAAGACAAAGGAGGGUCCCCAACAAGGAGGCCCAAAGAAUCAUGCCCACACAGCUGAAGAAAAUGGAAGAAUCCCAUCAGGAAGCUACAGAGAAAGAAGUGGAGCGAAUCCUUGGAUAUCUGAAGAGUUAUCACCAAGAUGAUCCGUCGACACCCAUAUCGUACUACGAAUUCGUUGUUGACCCCAACUCAUUUUCUCGGACAGUGGAGAACAUUUUCCACUUUUCUUUUCUGAUCAGGGAUGGCUUGGCCCGGAUGUAUCUGGAUGAUGAUAAGCUGCCUUGUAUAGCGCCUGUAGAGGAGGGCGAGGUGGAACCUGCAGGUGCUUCCACGCGCAAGCAGUGCAUCAUCUCCAUGAGUCCAAAGAUGUGGAAGGAGAUUGUAGAUAAUUUUGAGAUCAAAGAGACCAUGAUUCCACCUCCAGAGACCCAGAAUGAGUGACGGACCACCCUGUCUUUUCUACAUUUUAUAUGGCCCUCUGUUUUGGUGAAAUACAGUUUUUAUUCAUUGGACCAAAGUGUCCUUUUUAUUUUUAUUUUUUGUCUUUCUGAUUUUUGUACAAAUAUUUUUAUUCCCUGCAGAAAAAAAAUUCAUAAAUGACUUCCUGUCCCAUUCAUUUCUCCAAAUUUAGUCCUUUUAAAAAUUUAUUCUUGCACUUUGCAGUUUUUGUACUUGGAGAAAAUUUGUAAAAAGGUUUAUAGUUUUGUUUAUAUAGAUAUUUGCUGUUCUUAUUAAAAAAAUGGCACUAA